UUGUUGGAUAUCUCAACUACUCUUUUAUCUGCCUACAAUUUAUGCUAACAGAAAAGUAAAUUUUUUGGUGUUAAAUGGAUUCUUAAAAACUCAAAUAAUUUAUCAAAUGGAAGCUAACUAUACGAUUAUGCGUGAGCUUCAACUUUUAUCAUUCAUAUCUGAAACGAAAUCAUAAUUUUUUAAAGCAAAUUCGAAAAAGAAAAUGGACAAAAACAAAUUCUUUGAAGCUUCUUACCAGUCAAAUUAAACAUUCUAGCUAGCUACACUAAAAAUUGUGUUCUCAAGUUCAUGCUCUCCUGAUUCUCUUUGUUUGAGCUCAUUGUGAUUUUCUUCUUGAGUAUCUGCACAAGAAGCCUAGCUCAUAUUACAAAUCAACGUAUUAGACAUUCUAAAGAAAGGUUAACCCCUAAAACCAUGGAAUUCAUUAAUGUCAUUGCAAAGCACAGUCGAUUCCAAGUCUAAAACUAUGGAAUUCAUUAAUGUUUGAAUACAACAAUAUAAAAAUAUGGAAAAAUUGGGCACCUUCUGUGUUCUUUAAUGGGGCUAUCCAUUGGUUGAAUCAUGAUGGUGAUUAUGAUGCUAUUGUUACUAUUCUUGUCUUUGAUACUAGCAAAAGGAAUGGUUUUUUAGAGAUUCCUGUGCCAGAACAAGUAGGAAAGUGUUAUCCUUGCCGACUGACGGUACUGGGAGGGUGUUUAGCCUUGUAUUAUGAUAAAUGUGAUUAUGAUUAUGAUAAAUGUGUGAUAUGGGUGAUGAAAGAGUACAACGUGCAGUCUUCUUGGACUUCCUAUGAGAUUCCCAGCAGUUACUUUGAGCCAGUGUGCUUGUCCGAGGAUGGCGAUUUUAUAGGAUUCGAUGAAUCACCUGGAAUGUCGAAAUAUAAUGUUAGAGGAGAGCUGCUCCUGCGUUUUGAUCACGCUUGUGAUCAGAUUGGGUACGUUUCGUAUAAUGUUUAUACAGAGAGUCUCUUGAUGCUGCCUAAUGAUGGCUCUGAGGAGAAAGAAGGGAGUUCAUCAGGAGUUAAAGGGACUGAAGAGAGCACCAACUUAGCCACUUGAUUGUUGUUUUAAGCUAAAGGUAAAGUGGAAGGAGUUUCAAGAAACUUUUGUAUUUGUUUUUGAGUUUGCUUUAAAAAUGAGUUUCUUUCCAUAUAUGAAUGUUGGAAACUCAAGGACAUAUAGACAAUUCAAAUGGUGCAAGUCAUGUAUUACAUGCAGUAUCUUUUGUGAAUAUGCAAUAAUAGUACUACUAAUAGUUCUUAAGUCUGCUUUAAUUUUAUUUCUCUUCUGCUAUACAUGCAUGAUGAAUGUAGCUUUCCGAUAUUCAUUUUGCAUUGAGAUCUCUAUUAAGUCAAUACAUAUAUUAUGACACAAUGAUUGGUAUAUAUGCUGUGUAGAACCAUGUAUAUAUUAUAUAAUA